AUGGGAUCUAUCGACCUAGAUCCUUUCGACUAUGUCUACUCGAACAUCCCAAAUAGCACACACAUCCUGAAGCACGCGGCAAACUACGAGCAUUGCAAGGCCAAGAAGUUCCAAUAUGAGACCGCCGACUUCAGCUGUAGGAACGGGGAGAUUGAGCUAGCUGAACCCGAGCCUAUCCCAGAGCUGAUGAGGUUAUGGUCAAGCGCGGAUGCAGACUCUCGACAUUUCCGAGAGAGCAUUCGGUUCUUCAACGGGAACUUUGCCUUCACUACCCUUGGCGUCAGCCUAGACAACAACUACACAAACAUGAAGUCCGGGGUGUACACGUUUCGGGCACAUGGCACUAUGUACCACAAGGUGCACUCGUUCGGUCCAAGAUCUCGCCCUGAACAUCUGCAUUUCCGUUCAACCAGAACACCUUACAGGGGAAGGAUUCAUACCCGGUUUAUCGACGGCGAGAUGAUGGUCGUCAGGCUAAGGUCCAUCGUCAAAUGCUGGAUAACAGAUGGGUCAUGCCUUACAACCCUUAUCUGUUGCGGAUGUUCAACUGCCACAUAA